AUGCCAGGGGAUGCUCUGUCCGUCCCUCUCUCUCUCUGUCCGUCCGUCCCUCUCUCUCUCUGUCCGUCCGUCCCUCUCUCUCUCUCUCUGUCCGUCCCUCUCUCUCUCUGUCCGUCCCUCUCUCUCUCUCUGUCCGUCCCUCUCUCUCUCUCUGUCCGCCCCUCUCUCUCUCUGUCCGCCCCUCGCUCUCUCUGUCCGCCCCUCUGUCCGUCCCUCGCUCUCUCUGUCCGCCCCUCUGUCCGCCCCUCUGUCCGCCCCUCUGUCCGUCCCUCGCUCUGUCCGUCCGACCCUCUCUCUCUCUCUGUCCGACCCUCUCUCUCUCUCUGUCCGUCCCUCUCUCUCUCUGUCCGCCCCUCUCUCUCUCUCUGUCCGUCCCUCUCUCUCUGUCCGUCCGUCCCUCUCUCUCUCUCUGUCCGUCCCUCGCUCUCUCUGUCCGUCCCUCUCUCUCUCUCUCUCUGUCAGUCUCUCUCUCCAGAGGUAUCAGUCUCUCUCUCUCUCUCCAGAGAUCAGUCUCUCUCUCUCUCUCUCCAGAGUUAUCAGUCUCUCUCUCUCUCUCUCCAGAGUUAUCAGUCUCUCUCUCUCUCCAGAGUUAUCAGUCUCUCUCUCUCUCUCUCUCUCUCUCCCUCUCCAGAGGUAUCAGUCUCUCUCUCUCUCUCUCUCUCUCUCCAGAGGUAUCCGUCUCUCUCCAGUAUCAGUGUAUCUUCAGACUUACCCAGCAUCGUUGUCCGUCCUCUUCAGUUCUUUGGAGAUGUGAGUAAGACUGUGUCUGAACUGAGAGAGAAACUAGAAGACUUCAUUAAAGGAGAAUGGACCAAGAUCUCCACUACAGUGAAUAUAGUGGAUGUUGUACUGCCUCCAGAGCCCAAGACCAGAGAACAGUUGUUACAAUAUUCCUGUCAGCUCACACUGGACCCAAACACAGCACACAUACGCCUCUCUCUGUCUAAAGGGAACAGAAAGGUGACCAAUACAGGCCAAGUCCAACCAUAUCCUGACCAUCCAGACAGAUUCACCGACAACAGGCAGGUUCUGUGUAGAGAGGGUCUGUCUGGACGCUGUUACUGGGAGGUGGAGAGGACUGGUUAUGUUGUUACAGCAGUCUCAUAUAAACACAUCAACAGAACAGAGGAUGAUGGUGGAGAGGAUCAUGGUGGAUUUGGACUCAAUAACAAGUCCUGGAGUUUAUAUUACUAUAGUGGUGGUUAUUGUUUCAGACACAAUAAUGUUGUGACUAAAGUAUCAGGCCCUCAGUCCUCCAGAGUAGGAGUGUACCUGGAUCACAAGGCAGGUACUCUGUCCUUCUACAGUGUCUCUGACACAAUGACACUCCUCCACAGAGUCCAGACCACAUUCACUCAGCCCCUCUAUCCUGGGUUUGGGAUGGGAUAUUUUUUUGGUCUCACUGAUACUGCUGAGCUGGUUAAACUGUAAACUGAUUUGUUAUUAAUUAAAAUGCAAUGCAAUGUUUUAAUCUUGUACAUUUCCAUGAAUCAUGAUGUCUGGUGUUGAUGUAUAUUGGUUGUCAUUCAGAACCAUUGAUAUGUUUUCUCAGUUGGUUCUCUGUCUCUAUGUAAUUCUCCUCAGUAUCAUUGAUCAGCUUGUUGGCUCGGUCCUAAUUGAUGUGUUCUCUGUCACCUGGAGCUGCAUGGAAAAUGGUCCAGGAACUAAAGGACAAUUCAGGACUAGUCAGCCCACUACAAGCUGGUAUCACUUACUUUCUACUAAACUAUAUGGUCUGGUUUCCCAGACACAGAUUCAUCCUAGUCCUGGACUAAACAGUAUGUUCAAUGUAGAUGUUGUCACGCCUUGGUCAUUGUAUUUUGUGUAUUUCGUUAUAUAGUUGGUCAGGCCAGGGUGUGACAUGGGUUUAUGUGUUGGGUUCGUAUUGGGGUUGUAUUAGCAUUGGGAUUUUGCAUGAUAUUAGGGGUGUGUCUAGUUAGGCUUGGCUGCCUGAGGCGGUUCUCAAUUAAGAGUCAGGUGCUUCUCGUUGUCUCGGAUUGGGAACCGUAUUUAGGUAGCCUGAGUUCACUUUGUAUUGGUGGGUGAUUGUCCCUGUCUCUGUGUAGUGUUCACCAGAUAGGCUGUAAUAAGAAUUUACGUUCCGUUUGUUGUUUUGUAUCUCACAGUUAUUUCAUGUAUCGCUAUUUCCUUUAUUAAAGAUCAUGAGUAACGCUGCAUUUCGGUCCGACUCUCUUUCUACAAACGAAGAACGCCGUUACAGAUGUCCAGGAAACCGGCCCUAAAUGUGUCAUCUUUCAUCCUCCCAUACUGCUCAGUCCAGCAACAUUAAACCUGUCCAGCAGGUGGUGCUGUUGACCAAACAAUAAAACCAGCAGAUAUCUUGA